AUGGCAAGACCAAAGGUAUUCUUUGAUAUUACUAUUGGAGGUGAAAAAGCUGGUAGAAUUGUUAUGGAACUCUUUAACGAUAUUGUCCCAAAGACAGCUGAAAACUUCAGAUGCCUUUGUACUGGUGAAAAGGGUAAUGGACUUACCUAUAAGGGUUGUGGAUUCCACAGAGUUAUUAAGGACUUCAUGAUUCAAGGAGGUGAUUUCACUAGACAUAAUGGAACUGGAGGAAAAUCAAUUUAUGGUGCCAAAUUUGCUGAUGAAGCUUUCACUGUUAAACAUACUAAACCAGGAAUGUUAUCUAUGGCUAAUGCUGGACCAAAUACUAAUGGUUCUCAAUUCUUUAUUACUACUGUCCCAUGCCCAUGGUUAGAUGGUAAACAUGUUGUCUUUGGUCAAGUUGUUGAAGGUUAUGAUGUUGUUAAAAUGAUCGAAAACAACCCAACUGGUGCUCAAGAUAAACCAAAGAAAGCCGUUGUUAUUGCUGAUUGUGGUCAAUUAUAA